AUGGGUAACGAUAGUAAUUGCUGGAAUGUUGAUUUUUAUUUAAAAUUUUCAGAAAAUCCUUUUCAACAAUCUAAUACUUACCAGACAAUUCAUUUUCGUCUCUUACAUACCAACUGGACUUACACUUUGAAUAUUUCUUCUCUCACUUUUCCAAAUGCUAAUUAUGAAUCUGCAUCCAUCACUGUUCAUAUUCCAUCUCAUCAUAUUAAAUUAUGGUGGCCCAAUGGUUAUGGAGAUCAAUAUCUCUACGAAUUUCAAGUUGAAUAUCAAUCUCAAUUGAAAACAAAACGAAUUGAAUUUCGUACUAUUGAACUAGUUGAAGAAGAUUACACAGAUCUCGGUCUGAAUGGAACAUCAUUCUAUUUCAAAGUGAAUAAUCAAACAAUUUUUAUUAAAGGAAGUAAUUGGAUACCAGCAGAUGCAUUUCAAGAACGUAUUACACGAGAAUAUUUGGAACGAUUACUUUACUCUACAGCUGAAGCCAAUAUCAAUAUGUUAAGAGUAUGGGGAGGUGGCGUCUACGAAAAAGAUGAUUUCUAUGAAUUAACAGAUCAAUUAGGUAUUAUGAUAUGGCAAGAUUUCAUGUUUUCAGAUAGUUUAUAUCCAACUAACAUUGCUUUCUUACAGAAUAUUCAGAAUGAGAUCUCUUUUCAAGUUAAUCGUCUUAAAUCACAUCCAUCGAUUGUACUCUGGUCUGGAAAUAAUGAAAAUGAAGCUGGUAUCAGUAAGCGUUAUAGUGGAUAUCAUAUACCCGAUGUAGAUCGCCCAAAAUAUGAAAACGAUUAUCGUUUACUUUAUGUUCAUCUAAUACUAGUUUUAGUUGAGACACUCGAUCCAACACGUCCCUUCGUCACUUCAUCACCAUCUAAUGGUUGGGAAACUGUCAAAGAAAAUUAUAUUGCAGAUGAUCCUCAAUCUCCAUUGUAUGGUGAUGUUCAUUAUUACAAUGAUAAAGUUGAUCCAUGGAAUUAUACUUAUGUGCCAAUUAGUCGGUUUCUGUCGGAGACCGGUCUACAAUCAAUGCCUAGUCUAGAAACUUUAUUACAAAUUACGAAUGAUUCAAAAGAUUUAUCGUUUGAAAGCUCAUUAAUGAGACAUCGACAACAUAAUGUUAGAGAUGGACAAAAACAAUUAUUACUAGAAAUGAUGUUUAAUCUACCGCUUCCAUUAAUAAAUGAUAGUUUACAAAAUUUCACUUUACUUAUCUAUUUAUCUCAAAUAAAUCAAGCAAUGUAUAUUAAAACGCAUAGUGAUCAUUGUCGACGAUAUUCUUCUCGUUCAAUGAUGAAUAAAAAUAAUUCACAAGGUCACACAAUGGGUUUAAUGUAUUGGCAAUUAAACGAUAUCUGGCAAGCUCCUACCUGGUCUUCAAUAGAAUACGGUGGAAAAUGGAAAAUGUCACAUUACUAUGCCAAACAAGUCUAUCAGCCAGUUUACGUUCUACCUAUUUUAGAACCUUAUUUAACGUACGAUACAACAUCUUUAGUUAAAAUUUAUUUUAUCAAUGAAAAAUUCAAUGGAACACAUGGACAAGUUCAUUGUCAGAUAAAUGAUUUUCAUUCAUUUACUCCACAUCUUCGACUUACAUUCGACGUUAAUAUGAAUUCAAGUGAUGUGAAAAUCUUAAAAGAAAUGCCCUAUCAAGAAUUAUUACGUCAAUCAGAAUGUUCGAAUGCUACCGAUUGUAUACUUCGUUGUUCGUACUCAGAAGAUUUCGAGAAUAAUUAUGAACAAAUUCUUUUCUUCACACAACCCAAAAACUAUCAAUUACAGAAUCCACAAUUACAAAUUCUAUCUGUCAAAAAUCGUACAUAG